AUGCAUUUCCAUCAUUUUGCCUCAAUUGUAUUAUCCGUUCCUGGAAUUAUCGCUGCUGUUCUUCCGAACUCUGAUAUUCUUUCCACUCGUUCAUCAUUCGUUUCCCAUGAGAAGCGAAAUAUACCUCAUACACAAUGGAUGAAACGUGACCGGAUUGCGAGCACGACUUUACUUCCUGUGCGUAUUGGUCUAUCCCAGAGUAACCUCGAGAAGGGACAUGAUUUCCUUAUGGAUGUUUCGCAUCCAAAAUCCUCAAAUUAUGGAAAACAUUGGACAGCCGAGCAGGUACAUGAAAUGUUUGCCCCUUCAGAGGAGACAAUCCAUACUGUGCGAAAUUGGCUAGUCGACUCGGGAAUUGCGGCUAGUCGAAUUGUUCACUCCGAUACAAAGGGAUGGUAUGCAUUCGAUGCGACGACGAGCGAACUGGAGAAUUUACUCAAUACUCAGUACUACACAUAUGAGCAUUCUUCAACUGAUGAAAUAGCUGCUGCAUGUGAUGAAUACCACCUUCCAGCCCAUGUUCAACCACAUGUGGAUUACAUUACUCCCGGUGUUAAAUUAAUCUCCACGAAAAAGAAAUCAGCCUCAAAACGUAGCAUUCUUGGUGGAAGUAAAGGUAAAGACCAUCAACCCUUACGACGACCAAAAAGUUCAUCCGGAGGCUAUUCACAUCACAACUCGAGUUCAUUGGCGACUUGCGAUGAGGUUAUCACCCCAGAAUGUAUCAGAGCCCUUUAUCGUAUACCUCUUGCCAGCAAAGCGAAUCCCAACAAUGCAAUGGGUAUCUGGGAAGAAGGAGACUUCUAUGAUCAAGAAGACUUGGAUUUGUUCUUUGCCAAUUACACUCCAUAUAUUCCCAAGGGUACACAUCCAAUCCCCAAUUUUGUGGAUGGUGCCGUGGCUCCAGUCUCUGUCGAGGAAGGAGGUGGAGAGAGUUCUUUAGAUUUUGAAUUGGCAUAUCCUCUAUUAUAUCCUCAAAAACUGGUACUUUAUCAAACGGAUGAUAUUAACUACUCCAACGAGAACCCCACUGUGGGCGCAUUCAAUGUCUUUCUCGAUGCUAUUGAUGGAUCAUACUGCACAUACUCAGCUUACGGGGAAACUGGCAAUGACCCUGUUCUUGACCCUAUCUAUCCGGAUUCCGCCGUUGAUGGAUACAAAGGAAAACUAAUGUGUGGUGUCUACAAGCCCACAAAUGUAAUCUCAACAUCCUACGGUGAAGCAGAAAUAGACCUCCCUGAAUACUAUCAGAGAAGACAAUGCAAUGAGUACAUGAAACUAGGACUUCAGGGACAUACAUUUCUAUAUUCUUCAGGAGACUAUGGUGUUGGUGGAGUUCCUGGUGAUGCUUCAGAAAGCGGAUGUUUGGGUUCGAAUUCAACAAUUUUCAACCCUCAAUUUCCAGUCAAUUGCCCAUACGUCACAGCAGUUGGUGCCACGAAAGUUUACCCAGGUCAUACAGUUUUCGAGCCUGAAAGUGCCGCCAACGAUCUCAAAGGCCAACCAUACAGAAAUGCAUACUCUUCUGGGGGAGGAUUUAGUAAUGUAUAUGGAAUCCCUUCGUACCAAAAAGAGGCUGUAGCAUCAUAUUUCAAGCUUCAUAACCCUUCUUAUCCAUACUAUGAAGCCACUGCCGGUAGCAAUAUUAGUAUAGGGGCUAAUGGCGGAGUAUACAAUCGUGCUGGAAGAGGUAUUCCAGACGUUUCUGCAAAUGGAGAUAACAUUGCUACAUUCCUCGGAGGAAACUUCACUUUGAAUGGGGGUACCAGUGCGAGCACACCCAUUUUCUCUUCCGUCAUUAACUUGAUCAACGAGGAACGACUCGCUGUCGGAAAGUCCACUGUAGGAUUUAUUAAUCCAGUCCUUUAUGCAAAUCCUCAUGUGUUGAAUGAUAUCACCAAUGGAAGUAAUCCUAAUUGUGGUACUGCUGGGUUUAGUGCUGUGUCUGGAUGGGAUCCUGUUACUGGGCUUGGAACGCCUAAUUAUCCAAAGUUGUUGGAGCUCUUCCUUAGUUUGCCUUAA